AUGGAUAGAAUAAUUAAAGAAGAAAAACAUCAGUCUAGUAUUAAAUUAGAAUUAUCUGAUGAUAGUUUUGAUGAUCAAUUAAGUAAUGAUAAAGAUAACAUAUGGGUAGCUGAUAUUGAUAUUGGUGACGAUGACCUUAAUAUAAUAAAUAAUGAUGAUAUAUUAGAAAAUAAUAAUUUAAAUUUUAACAAUUCAGUUGAUGAAAUAGUUAAUAAUAAUAAUAUGGAAGAAAAUGAAAAAAUAUUUUAUAAUCAAAAGGACUUAAUAGAGUGUUCUAAUGAUUUACAAAACUAUUCAUAUGAAAAACAAAAAAAAUUUAACAGUGAAGAAUGUUUUAAUGAAAAAAAUAAUUCUAUAUUAAAAAGUAAAAAUGUGUAUGAUAGACUUGAAAGUAAUUUUUCAGAACAAAUUUAUAAAGAAAAAUUCUUAAUUAAUGAAAAUAUAAAUAAUAUUUUAGAUAAUAAAAAUAAAGAUAAUAUUUUAAAUAAUGAAAAUAUAAAUAAUAAUUUAAUUAAUAAAAAUGGAGAUAGUAAUUUAAGCGUUGAAGAAAAAGAUAACAAUUUAAGUAUUGAAAAAAAAGACAAUUUAAAUAAUGAAAAUAUAAAUAAUAAUUUAAUUAAUAAAAAUGGGGAUAGUAAUUUAAGCAUUGAAGAAAAAGGUAAUAAUUUAAGUAUUGAAAAAAAAGAUAAUUUAAAUAAUAAUAUAGUAGCAAAUAGUUUAAUAGAUGUAGUUAAAACUAAUAAUUUCAUUAAUGAAGAUUCAUUUAAUACUUUAAAUAAUGGAAAUAUAGCUAGUAAAUUAAUUAAUGAAAACAUUCAUGAUAUUGUAGAAGAAAAUUUCGAUAAUGAUCAUAUUGAAUUUUUUGAUAAAUUAAAAAAAGAUAAAGAAAACUUUUCAAAUAUUGAAAAGACUGAAAUUUUUUCAAAUGUUAAAAAAAAAUUGGAACAGUGUUCAUCUUUUUUUUUAAAUAAAAAAGAAAAAAUAAAAGAAUUUGAUAAUAUAAAUUUAAGUUAUAAUGAAAAGCUACUAAUACAGAAAAAGUAUACAGAAGAGAAUAAGAAAAAUCAUGAAAACAACAAUGACUUAAUAGAGGAAAAUAAAAUUCUUUUAAGUAAAAUAAUAGAAAAGGAUACUCUUAUCAACAAUUUAAGAGAAGAUUUAAACAAUAUAUGUAAGUUAAAGUGUGAUGAAGAAAUAGUACAUUAUUAUAACGAAAAAAUAGAUAUUUUAAAUAGUGAAGUAACUAAUAUAAAAAAUGAAUAUGAUAAUUCAGUAAAAAAGUGGUUUCAUAUAAAAAGUAUAUUAAACAUUAAAGAUGAUGAAACAUUAAUAAAUAAUAUAGAAAAUAUUACUAAAAAAUAUUUAUUCAAUGAAUAUAUUGGAAAUAACAAAGAAGGAAAUACUCAACUUAAUACAGAUGAAUUAAAUAAAGAAAAUGGAGAUAAAGAAAUAUUAUUAAGAGAACAUAAAAAAAAUUAUAUUUAUAUUAUUGAAAAUUUGAAAAGAGAAAUUAAAAUAAAAGAGGAAACAGUUGAAAAAAUUACAGAAGACUUAAAUAUUUUAUUAAAUAAUCCAGAAAAAUACAAGUUUAGUUCAGUGUUUCAUGAAAACAAAGUAAAUAAUUUUUUAGAAGAAAAUAAAAAGAUGAAUGAACUAAAAAAUACCCUAAUAAAAAAUUAUGAAAAUAUUAAUCAAGAAAAAUUAAAUUUAAAUGUAUCUAUAAAAAAACAAGAGGAACAUAUGAUGUCUGAUGAAAAUCAAAUUAAAAAUAAUGAAAAGAAUUGUUAUUUAGAAUAUGACAAAAAGAUACAUAAAAUGGAAAAUUUAAUUAUUGAAAAAGAUAAUAUAAUCAAUGAAAUAAAACAGUCAUUAAAUAAUAAAGAAAUUUAUAUAGAUAAAAUUAUGCAAGAAAAAAACAAAGCUAUUGAAGAAAUUGAUCUAUUAAAAAAUGAAAAAGAGAAAUUGAAACAAGAAAUAAAUAAUAAUAUAAACAUAGAAUCAUAUUUUAUGAAAAACUCUGACAAAAAAGCAGAGGAAGAAAAAGAAAAGGAGUUAGCAGAAUUAAAAGAUAUAAAUGAAGAAUUGAAAAAUAAAAUCCAAGAAUAUGAAAGGAAAUAUGAAGAAUUAAAAAAUAAAAAUAAUGAAAUUAAAUGUACAAAUGAAGAUUAUGAAAAAAAAUAUGAAAAAUUAAAAAAUAAAAAUGUUAAAAAUGAAGAGAAGUAUGAAGAACUGAAAACGGAAAAGGAUGAAUAUGAAAGAAAAUAUGAAGAGUUAAAGAAUAAAAGUAAUGAAAAUGAAAAGAAGUAUGAAGAACUGAAAACGGAAAAGGAUGAAUAUGAAAGAAAAUAUGAAGAGUUAAAGAAUAAAAAUAAUGAAAAUGAAAAGUAUGAAGAACUGAAAACGGAAAAGGAUGAAUAUGAAAGAAAAUAUGAAGAGUUAAGGAAUAAAAAUGAUGAAAAUGAAAAGAAAUAUGAAGAGUUGAAAACAAGGAAUAAUGAAUAUGAAAAAAAAUAUGAAGAGCUAAAAAAUAAAAAUAAUGAAAAUGAAAAGAAGUAUGAAGAACUGAAAACGGAAAAGGAUGAAUAUGAAAGAAAAUAUGAAGAGUUAAAGAAUAAAAGUAAUGAAAAUGAAAAGAAGUAUGAAGAACUGAAAACGGAAAAGGAUGAAUAUGAAAGAAAAUAUGAAGAGUUAAGGAAUAAAAAUGAUGAAAAUGAAAAGAAGUAUGAAGAAUUGAAAACAAGGAAUAAUGAAUAUGAAAAGAAAUAUGAAGAAUUAAAGAAUAAAAAUAAUGAAAUUAAAUGUAUAAAUGAAGAUUAUGAAAGAAAAUAUGAAGAACUAAAACAAAAAAAUAAAAGAAAUGAUAGUAAAUAUGAAGAAUAUGAAAAAAAAUAUGAAGAACUAAGUCAAUUAUUAAAAAAUAAAGAGAAUAUCUUAAAAGAAAAGGAUAAUGAAAUAAAAGAAAAAGUAUACAUAAUGGAACUAGAUAUAAAUACAAAAAAUUCGAAAAUACAUGAUCUUGAGGAAAAAGUUGAAGAAUAUGAAAAGAAAUUAAGUCAUUUACAAGUUAAUUUUAAUAUAAGCGAAGAUAAAUUACAAAGUGCAUUGGAAAAUUUGGAAAAAAAUAAUGAUAUGCAUGAAAAUAAAAUUGAAAAUUUGAAAAAUAAAAUAAAUUAUUUAGAACAAGAAUUAAAUAAUAAAGAAAAGGAAAACAUAAAAUUAAUGAAUACUAAUAAAGAAUUAAAUAUGUUGAAUAAUAACUUAAAAAUAAAAGAAAAAGAAAAUGAGCAAAAUAUUUACAACUUAAAAUCAAAUUUAGAAAGUAAUGAAAAAGAAAGCUAUAUGAGGUAUGAAAAAAUUCAAGAACAGAAUAUAAAAAUAGAAAAUUUAUUAGUUGAAAAUAGUAAAAAUUCCAAAAUAUUAGAUUUAUUAAAAAAUGAAAAAUCAAAAAUAGAAAAUGAAAAUAGUUUAUUAAAAAAAGAUUUAUCAAAUAUGGAGGACGAAUUAAAAAAGCUGCAAAAAUAUAGUUAUGAUAUUUAUGAAAUUAAAAAUUAUUUAGAAACUAUCAUUGAUAAAAAUAAAAACUUAAUUGAAGAAAUAGAAUCUGAAAAAAAUCAAAAAGAAGAGUUGAAAAAUGAAAUUAAACGUUUCUUAAUUCAAAUUAAUAAAUCAUCCAUUGCUUUAAAAAUGUAUAAAAUGAAAUGCUCUUUUCUUAUUAAUAUUAUCAAAAACUAUGAAGAAAAUUUAAAUAUACUAGAAAACAAAUUGAGAAAUUAUGAAUAUAAACAAAAAAGAAUAAAAAGAAAAGAACAUUAUUCUAUCAACAGUGAUAUACAUAGUGUUAAUGAGGAAUCAAAAAUAGAAAUCUUAAAUGAUGAUAUAAUAAAUAAUAAAUCAGAAUCUUUAAUAAAAGAAACAAUAUUCUUAAGAGAAGAAUUAAAUAAUGAAAUAAAUAAAAAAAAUGAAAUUUUAAAUAAACUUCAAAAAUUAUUAACAAUUUUAAAAGAAAAAAAUUUAAUAAUAAAUGAAAAGAACUAUAAAAUAAAAAAGUAUAAGCUUUUAAAUAAUACUUUGCAAAAUUCUAUUACUAGUUAUCAAAAUAAUAUAAAAUCAUUAAAGGAAAAUAUAAACUGUUUACAAAAACAAAUAGAAUUAAAAGAAGUAAAAAAUAUAAUAAUUCCACCAAAAGUAAAUGUUAGCAUUUCAAAAUUCUCAUCUUUUGAAAAUAACUUAAAAAACGAACUAAAGGGAUUUAUAGGAAAUUCUUCUAAUUUCUUAGAAACAACUUUUAAAUAUAUUAAUGAAAAUACACUUAAAAAAAAUUUACAGAAUAAAGCAUUUUUUUCUUCUUCAUUAGAUAAAAAAAAUGAUGAUUUACAAAAGAUGGAUAAUAGUAAAGAAAAUCUCAUAAAUAAUGAUUUUACCGACGUUACAAGUUUUGCAAAAAAUUUUAUUUACAAUAAUAUGAAUAAAAUACACAAUUAUAAAAAUGAACAUAUUGACAAAAUUAAUUCCCAUUUAGCAACUGAAGAGGAGCAAAGAAUAAUAAGUAAAGAAAACUCAAAUAAUAAUGAAGAAUUCUUAAAAAGUCAAUCUUUAAAAAAUAAAAUAAAUCAUAUAGAACAAUCAGUAUCUGAUAAAAACUUCGAGAAUGGCAAUAAGUAUGCUAAUCUUUUUAUUAUAAAGAAAGAUGAUCUUAAAUCAAGUUUUGAUAAUAGUUGUAACUUAGUAGAUUCACAAGUUCAUGAAACUUAUGAAAACAGAAUAGGUAAAUUAAAGGAGUCAUUUGAUAAUUGUGAUAUGAAUAAAAAGGAAUUUGAUAAAAUUAGCAAUGAUGGCGUAUCAUUUGAAGAUUAUAAUAUAAAUGAAAAUAAUUUUUGUGAUAACCAUAAAAAUAAAGAUAAAUAUAAAGAUUAUGAUCCUUUUGUGGAAACCUAUAAUAAUGAGGUUUUUAUAGAGAAAGAAUUUGAAAUCAGUGAUGAUGAGUUAAAUAUAGAAGAAAAUUAUAAAAUUAUAAAAGAUGAAAAGAACUUAGAAAAUAAAAAUUUAUAUAAUAAUUUUACAAAUAAUAAUGAAAUAAGCGUAUCUCACGAAAACAUAAAUAAAUAUGGAAUAAAAAAAGAAGAAAAAGUCAUUGAUAAUUUCAACAAAGAUAGUAGUAUGCAUUGUAGUAAUAACUUAAAACAAAAAGAAAACAAAAUAUAUGAAAAGGAAGAACAAUUACAAUCUAAUUUAUCUGAUGAUGAUUUACAAAUAGACGAUGUAUGGAAUGACAAAAUUGAUUUAGAAAAUUUAGAAAUUAGUGAAUUUUAA